GUAGGGACAAACCUCAUUGAAAGACUAAAAAUAAAAUAGUACCAGUAAAUAGAGACUUUUCAGGAAGUGUCCCAGGCGGAGGAGUCGACAGUUCAUUCUAGCUAGAAAGUAAACAACUAGUUAGAUACACAGCUAAGGACAUGAACGGAUAUAAGGACAUGCACGGAUAGCAACUGUGUAUCACGAAGAUUGGAUCGCGAUUCAAACUGCGGGACUGUAAUGCCUGCUGGUCAGGACCGUAUCCAUGCCCAUGUUAGCUGUAGUACCUGAAGUCCAGAGUCAUGUGCUGGCUGAGUUUGACUGUCUGGACCCCCUGCUGUCUGCACUCCGCCUGGACUCUGGCAGGCUCAAGUGCACCUGCCUGGCAGCAUCCAGGAAGUGGCUAGCUUUAGGAACAUCCGCAGGAGGGCUGCACUUCAUCCAGAGGGAAGGAUGGAAGCAGAGGCUCAUCCUCACACACAAGGAGGGAUCUAUCACUCAGGUGUCAUGUUGUCCACAUGAUGAAGACUUUAUUGCUGUGGCGACAAGCCAGGGCCUGGUGGUGAUCUGGGAGCUGCAGCUGGAGCGCCGUGGCAGACCAGAGAGGGUCAGUGUUUCCUGGGAGCACCGUGGCCAGGCGGUCACCUCUCUCUGCUGGGACACCGCAGCCCUCAGGGUGUUCGCUGGGGACAUGGGGGGCAAGGUGUCCUUCCUCCGCGCUGGAUCCUCCAAACUUGGAAAGGGCUCAGCAUUUGUCAUCUUCCCCGUCCAGACCAUCACUACUGUGGAUUCCAGGGUGGUUCAGCUGGGUUACCUGGACGGACGGCUACUGGUGUCCUCUCUCAGUCGCUGCUACCUCUGUGAUACGGAGAGGGAGAAGUUCUGGCGUGUCGGUAACAAGGAGCGUGACGGGGAGUAUGGAGCGUGUUUCUUCCCUCUGAGCCGUGGUGCGACCGCUGGCCAGCCCCCCCUGCUGUACUGCGCUAGGCCUGGGUCUAGAGUCUGGGAAGCCAGCUUCAGUGGAGAGGUCCUCAGCACACACCAGUUUAAACAGCUGCUGGCCGUUCCACCUGUACCCCUCAUCACCUACAGAAGUGAGCCCCAUUACAACCCAGCCCAGAAGAGUUCCCAGUCCAUAGCCUUCCCCAGACUGUUAUACUUUGGGGAUCAGAACCUGCUGACCUGGACAGACUCGGCUAUCUAUGUCUUCACUCCUCAGAGUGGCCAGGUGCUGCUGUGGACCGAGGUCAAAGAUCUGGUUGAGAUAGCGGUGUACCGCAACGAGCUGUUCUGUCUCCAUGGUGACGGCCACUUGUCCCACCUCUCGCUGUUGUCUGUGGAGCGGUGUGUCGAGAGGUUGCUGCGCAGGGAGGCGUGGCCUCUAGCGGCCACGGUCUGUGUGAUGUUCCAGCAUGCUAUCGCCCCCAGCAGGGCCAGGAAGUCGAUUCCCAUCGACCGACUGGAUCACCUAAGGUCACAGCUCAGUGUCUCCACCCACCUGGAUCUGAUUGGCCAGCUGGAGGAAGUGGGCGCCAAACUGGAGCCUCUAGACUCCGCCUCCAGCAGUCGCAGGAGCAGCAUCUCCUCUCAUGAGAGCUUCAACGUCCUGGACUGUGGCAUCUACCGUGUCAUUAGCCGGCGAGGCAGCCAAUCGGACGAGGAGACCAGCUCCCUGGUCAGCCAAUCGAUGCUUGAGGAGGAGCGGCUGAAGGAGUUUAGCUUGGUUCAGGAGGAAGAGGAGGAGGAUGAGGAGGAGCGACAGCAGGGGGCGGAGCAUGAUCCCCUGAGCGGUGAUGGUUUGAAGGGUACUGAACCCAGCGGUAACCACCAGUUCCACCUCCCCAUGUCAUUCCGCCCCAAACACUCCCGCAUUGCCCUGAAGGCCGUCAGAGACAGUGUCUCUAGUUUCGUGAAGAAGACGACUGAGAAGAUCAACACUCUCCAGAUGAACUCUGACCUUUGGCCACGCCCCCCUGACCCUAAGGAGGGGGGUCACGGACAUGUGGAGGCCCUAGCUACCACCGCACCGUUCCCAGAGGACAUUGACCACGAGGAGUGUCUGGACCAAGCGAACGCAGAGACUGAACUACAGGAUCUGGUAACAGCUACAGAGAGAGCACUCUCUCAGAUCCAGGAUCCCUUGGUUCUGUUGGACCCAGCCUGUCUAAAAGAAACUCUACAGGAGUGGAUCCCUGUGUUGGAGAGGGUUCUAGGCCCCGAGCUGGUUCUAGGUCUGGAAAAGCAGGGUUCAGCUGGUGAGGGUCACCCCAGUGUGGAGGAGAAGAGAGGGGAGGAGACAGAACAUGCUGCAAACAACCAUCCAGAGGACGUUCAGUCCGAGACCCCUUCGAGCUCUCCUGAGGAACCGACAGAGGACGGCCAGGAGGAGGGGAGGAGAGGAGAGGAUUCCCCACAGCAGAAUGGAGGACAAGUGGACCUGAGCGAAGACCGGGACCACCACAGACCCGACGAGGCCUCCACUGAAGAGAACCUGAGGGUGCGGUACCCCAAACCCCUCCCCUCAGACCUCCAGGCCCACCUUACCCAGCUGGCCACUCUGUACCUGGAGAUGAGCUAUUUUGGGGACCCUGUCGUCCAGAAAGACAGGGGUGUAGUAGGGGUCAAUGCAUUCUUGAGACGGUUCUUCUUCCUGCUGGACCAGGAGCGGGUGAGGAGGAUGUGCCUACUCCGCUAUGGGGACCAGCCUGAGGUCCACACCUCCUUCAUGGAGGCCAUGCUAGAGCUAACCCUAACCCAGUCAAGUAAGGUGGUGGAGGUUAUCCAGAAAGGAGAGCUGCUCAAAUCUCUACGCUGUCUCAGAGAACUACAACCCUGGAGCGCUCCGAUGCUCCUCGCUCACCUGCACAGGUUGUAUGAGAAGCAUGGAGAGCUGGCGGUUCGCUCCUUCACCCAGUUCUAUCCCACAAUCCUCCCCUCUGACAUCACAGCCAUGGCCAAACGUAGCCACUUCCUGGCUUACCUGGACAACCUUGUCCAAUCACGGGCCGAGGAACAAAGACUGUCGUUCCUGGGGUCCCUCCUCCAACCAGAGACUCUGCGACAGGAUUGGCUGGAGCUGGCCCUUACCCACGAUGCACCUCAACAGAGUGACACACUGACCACAGAUGGACAACCAAGAUGGCACUCCCAUUUCUUCAGCUGGGGUUAUGGUCGUCUCUUAUCCCUACUGAUCCGCCUUCCAGCUGACCUGGCCUCCAAACAGAAGAUGGCUGAGACAUGCAGGAGCCACGGCUACUGGACUGGCUAUGUGUACCUGUGCUGUGAGCUCCAGCGUCGUACAGAGGCUUUCUCUACCAUCUGUAGACUGGAUGACAUGAGUCUGCUGGAGGAACCCAAUGGCAUGGUGCCUCAGACCAUGGAUGAGUGGAAGAUGCUUCUCCAGCUGUCUCAGCAGUGUAGUAACAGCAGACCGUCUAACCAUAUUCCAGCCCCGGCUCCUACCCCCUCCCCGGCUCCUUCCCCCAACACAACCAACCUGACCCUAACCCCAGCCCCGGCUCCUACCCCAUCCCCGGCUCCUACCCCAUCCCUGGCUCCUACCCCAUCCCCGGCUCCUACCCCAUCCCUGGCUCCUACCACAUCCCCGGCUCCUACCCCCUCCCAGACUCCUACCCCCUCCCAGACUCCUACCCCCUCGCCGACUCCUACCCCCUCCCCGGCUCCUACCCCCUCCCUGGCCCUAGCCUCCAACGGGACCAGCCCCAGCCUGACCAACGGUGGCUCUGCAGCCGACCGUAUCCAGACAGAGGUGACUCCAGAGAACCUGGUCCUGUGUCUGGCCAGGGCUGUGGGCCCCGACCGGGCCCUGGGGGCCCUACACGAGGUGGGGCUGCAGUCGGACAUGGAGCUGGGGCCACACUCCACCCUGGUCUGUGAGCUGCUCCGUGUGGCUGAGAAGAGACAGAGGGCUCUGAUCCAGACCAUGCUGGAGCGCUGUGAUCGCUUCCUCUGGUCCCAGCAUGCUUAGCAAGACAACACCAACCAACGCGCCUAGCGGCUCAUCAAAUCAAAUUGUAUUUGUCACAUGCGCCGAAUACAACAGUGAAACGCUUACUUACAAGCCCUUAACAAACA